AUUUCGUUGUCACAUAUGCGUUAAUUUUUUUGAGCAGUAUAUCGUUUAAUCUUACAGACAAUCUUACAGUAUCACUAGACGCUUUCAUUUUGUGUUCUUUCGGAAAAGAUUUUUGAGUGACUCUUGAGAAGAGGAGUAUAUCCGUACCGCAAAUGUCGACUCGAGGCAGGCCUAUUCUGUAUCGUGUGUCUAGCAUGGACUUCAUGGAUAGUGGUCUCGUUGCCGAGGACGUCAUUAUCACUAGCAUGACCGGCAAUGGGCAGAUCAUUCGAAGCUUGUCGACAUCCGUGAAACGCAGACGAGAAAGUAGCACCCCAGACGCUUCCGGAAAAGCACAACGGAUAAGUCAAGGUCGAAUCGGCAGACGUGAAACUAUAACACCGAGAAUCAGAGCUACACGAACAGUUGUUUCAGCUCAAAAAGAUAUUGGCACACAAAUUUUAUCAAGGGUAGGCGCUGACCAGGACACAGCUAGAGCUUUUAAACGAGAUGUCAAGCCAAGAGGAGACAGUCACGCUGUCCAAGCGUCCACUCAUGUUAGCAAGCAGGAGGUCAAGUCAAGAAUGGACAGUGACAUUGUGAAAGAUCUCCUUGACAUGGGCGUCCCCGAGAAAGACAUCAAGAAAGCGAUUAAAAAGAAAUUAAAACUGGCAGGUGAGGAUUUCUCGAAUGCCGACGAAUUAUUUCAAGCAGUUCUGGAUCUGUCUGUAGACAGUCACACCGAAGGGACAGGGGAGACCAGUCAAGAUGUUGCCGAGAAGAUCACCGCGGCCAUGAACAGCGAGAUCGUCAAAGCUGUGCUGGAGAUGGACGUCCCUGAGCCGAGAAUAAGAGAAACUAUCAAGAAGCAGCUAGAAGAGAAUGGAGCUGAAUUUCAUAAUGUGGAAGACCUACUCCAAGCCAUCUUUAGCCCUGAUCUUGAAGUUCAAGAAUGUCCUGAAGGAGCUACGGGUGGUGCUAGCCUAGAAGUUAAUCGAGAUACACUGAAACUGAUGGAAGAGAAUCGCCUGCUCAAGGAACAAAAACAGUGUAAGAUUUGCAUGGAGGGGGACGCCUGCAUGGUCUUCCUGCCGUGUGGUCAUCUCAUUACCUGCUCUACCUGUGCCUCGGUUGUUAGACAGUGUCCUAUUUGUCGUCAGAAAAUCAAGAAAACUGUGCGAGCCUUUCUGUCCUGACGAUUACCUCCCGUGGAAUAGCCUUCCCUUGAAACUACAUCCCCCUACUGGUCACUCUUUGAUUAUAUAACUGGUCAUCCAAACAUUUGUAAAUGUCUUGAUACAUCCUGAUGAUUACCUCCGGUGGAAUUAACUUCCCUUGAAACUACAUCCCCCUACUGGUCACACUUUGAUUAUAUAACUGGUUAUCCAAACAUUUGUAAAUGAGGUUGAGGGGCUUCAAUGACAAGGGCUGCUAGCGAUCCUUCUAGAAAUGUGUGAUGACAGCUUUGGUUACAUGGUUUUCAAAAUGUUCUGACAGUAUCUGGCUGAAUAUUAAGUUAAAACAUUAUCGGACUUCUGAAUGCGAUUGAUGUCACUUAGUAUUCCGUUAUGAUGUUGCAUUUUGAGGCAGAGUUGCAUUAAACUGUUCAAGAAAUGUGGCUUG